AUGCUGAGAGCAGCAGAGCCAGCGAGAGAGCGCGGCUGCUCUUGGCUGGCAGUCGUGGUGUUGUCCAUGAUGAUCGGGGUUGGAAUCUGUGGUGCUGACUCGGCUCCCGAUCCCUGUAUCAUGGGCCUCGCUACAGUGGGUCGCGUGGCCCCGAAAUUGCUCGUGCGUGUGGUCGAGCAGCUCGAGCAGCAACGUACUGCUCAUCACCUCGCCGGACUGGCCUGGCUCCAACAUGGCAGCCCCGUCCGUACGAUCGCAUCUUCUUUGCAAUGGGAAGCUAUAUAUGUGGCAGCUGUCGAGGAUGAGGUUGCAGCUUCUCCAGCGAGCGAGGCAACAGUGGCUUCGCUGCUUAAGCUUUUGGACGACAUCUUCACAGCAUCACGCUUGACGCCCUGUGCCCGAUGGGUCGUUCUGGUCGGAGGCUGGGACCCCAAGGAGGCGCCCCCUUCGCCUGAUAUCUUUGCAAACGUAAUACAAGAUUGGCCGAAUACCCUACAGCUGGUAUUGAGUCUGCCGGGUGCAGAUUUCGUUUCUCAGCGCGUAGGCUUUGCAGAGGCUGACCGCGCCUUUCCCGAUGGCAGCUAUUUUCGACGCGCUCCGACCCUCAAGGCGCUCAUCUCCAUGGGUGACAUUGCCUCCAACUCCUUGCAAGCACACAUCCUCGCCAAAGGAGGAUACUUGCGGACCGUCUCUGCUCAGCAGCUACUCGAGCUUCAUGGACGAGGCUACUUUGUGAAUGAGCAACCAUAUGCACCAGCCUCUCGUCCACCGACAGCCGCGGCUGCCUUGCACGUGGACGUGAUGUCGGCACCAGAUGCUCACUGUGCACCCAUCGCGGCCGACCCCAUGACCAACUAUCUGGAUGCACGGGGGAGCGAAGAACCAUUCAUGGAGACAUUGGUGGCAGCAGCCAAACCAGUGCUGGUGCAUAGCAAAGUCAUUCAGGGCUGGGCAGGGCGGCAACGCUGGACGAAUCUGAGCACGCUGCUAGACGACUUUGGGCUGGAUGUGUUUGAGGAUGUCAAAGUGAGCCGGCAUGGGCGUUACUCAGAUGCAGACAUGGCUGCACCCCUGGCUCAAAGCGAAGAGACCGACGUUCAUUGGGAAGCUCCCUUUGAGGUGAAGGACCUGACACGUGCAGAUAUUGAGGCCAAUGUGGCAGCCGCGCAGGCGUCAGCUGCAGGUGGUUCGCCUGCGGCCAAGUUGUCCUACUUUAGCUCCGUGUCAGAGGGUCUGUUGCGACACAUGCGACCCGACUUUUGUGCCUACCUGACGUCCGAUGACUGGAUGUACCGACGCCAAUUCGUGUGGUUCUCGACGGCCGGGGCCACGACCCAUUUCCAUUUUGAUCAAGAUUACAACCUUUUUGUGCAGAUGAGCGGCCGCAAGCGCUUUUACUUUUACCCCACCUCAGCAGCGCCGGACAUGCGCAUGUUUCCCCGCGUGCACCCUCUCUGGCACAAGUCGCAGCUUGACCCCUGUUCUUCGGGUAGCAAUUCUGGUGGCAUGGCGUUGAAUGACCGAAGGGCCUGGGUAUUGGAGGUGGGCCCUGGUGAUGCGGUGUAUAUUCCACCAUACGUGUGGCAUCGCGUGGAGACGUUGACGCCACACAGUCUCUCUUUGUCCACCCUUUCGCACGACGACGAGUUGCGGGAGAAUAUGGAGUCAAUUUACACAAUGGAUCACAAGUUUGAUCGUCUGCGCGAUGGACGCGGGCGCAUGUUUGCAUUGCGCUUGUAUGUGGACAUGUUGCUCAAUGAGAUGGUGGGUUACCAGCGCACGCGUUCUUUCCUGGACGAGCUGCUGCGCGAGCGCUACGCUGGACAUGAGGCCCUGUUUGUUGAUCAGCCGGAGUUGUGCGCGGCACAGCAAGUUGGUGGCCUGCCAACGGCCCAGCACGUAUACGGUGACUGUUUAACGGACAUGCGCCUGACAACUGCUCUGUUUGAAACCAUCACGGACCGUGCCGUCCGGGAUCUGUUGCUGAAGGAUUAUAUCGAGGAGCUUGCGGCUCAGGUCGUUGGGGCACGACAGGUUUGGAGCUUUUUCUACUACUGCUUUCGAGAUCAGGAAUACUAUAUUACCGACAUGGCGUCGGAGGAGCACUCCAUGUGGGAUUACGCGUCACCGGACGACCUGCCGAGUGAAUCUGCAACUUGA